AUGGCUCCUUCAGUAAUUGAUUUGACGAGGGACACUGGAAGGCCUAUUGACGUCUACAUCGAAGGGAAACCUAUCCCUAUGCCGAGGCCUCGUUUGGGGCGUGGAAUUUGGUUCAACCCUGCGACGAGGCAAUUGAAGGAGUUUUCUAAGAAGUUGCAAGCUCUGUUGCCUGAAGAUGGUGUUGUGUUUCCACGCGGUGAAUGCCUUGAGGUUAAUUUGUUCUUCUAUAUUCGAAGGCCUAACAGCGACUACGAUGGGAAUAAGCGAAUUAAUGCAUUGAAACCGGGGAGGGCUAAUCCUUUCGAGACAGUUAAACCGGAUAUUGACAAUUUGGCGAAGUUCACGUUAGAUGCAAUGCAGGGUAUUGUCUUUCAUGACGAUAGCCAGGUCGUUAAGCUACUGGUUUACAAGCUACGGGGCAAUGAGGGCGGUACCAGAAUCAAAGUUAGGACGUUCUAUGGACCAGAACCUUAG